CUCUUCAAAUUAUCUCCAAAAGAACAAUGGGUAUCCUUGAUAUUAUCCCUGCUGGUGUCGUUACUGGUGACAACCUCUACAAGCUCUUCGAGUAUGCUCGUGAGCACGAGUUUGCUAUCCCUGCUAUUAAUUGCACUUCCACCAGCACUGUCAACGCUGCCCUCGAGGCCGCCCGCGACAUCAAGUCCCCCAUCAUCCUCCAGUUCUCCAACGGUGGCGCCGCUUACUUCGCUGGUAAGGGUUUGUCCAACAAGAACCAGGAGGCUGCCAUCAUUGGUGCCGUUGCUGGUGCUCAGUAUGUCCGCACAGUCGCCAAGGCCUACGGUGUUCCCGUUGUCAUCCACUCUGACCACUGCGCCAAGAAGUUGAUCCCCUGGUUCGAUGGUAUGCUCGCUGCUGAUGAAGAAUACUUCAAGGCCAACGGUGAGCCUCUCUUCUCUUCCCACAUGUUGGAUCUCUCCGAGGAGUCCAAGGAAGAGAACAUUGAGAUCUGCCUCAAGUACCUCAAGCGCAUGGCAGCCAUUAACUGUUUGUUGGAGAUGGAGAUUGGUAUCACUGGUGGUGAGGAGGAUGGUGUGAACAACGAGGAUGUCGACAACGCUGCCCUUUACACCCAGCCCGAGGAUAUCUACGAGAUCUACACUGCCUUCUCCAAGGUCACCAACCUCUUCUCCAUUGCCGCCGGUUUCGGUAACGUUCACGGUGUCUAUGCUCCCGGUAACGUCAAGCUCCACCCCGAGUUGUUGGGUAAGCAUCAGGCCUACGUUGCCGAGCAGCUCAAGGUUGCUGACCCCAAGCCCGUCUUCUUCGUUUUCCACGGUGGAUCUGGCUCCACUGAGGAGGAGAUUGCCACCGCCGUCAAGAACGGUGUUGUCAAGAUGAACGUUGAUACCGAUACCCAGUGGGCUUACUGGGCUGGUCUCCGUGAUUACUAUGAGGAGAAGAAAGCCUAUCUCCAGACCCAGGUUGGUAACCCUGAGGGUGAGGGUAAGCCCAACAAGAAGCACUACGAUCCCCGUGUCUUCAUCCGCGCUUGUGAGAAGACCAUGUACGCUCGUGUCCAGCAGGCUUGCAGAGACUUGGGCAACGUUGACAGAUUGUAAAUAACUUUUCCCCUAAACUAUAUCUUUUUCGUCUUUUUUAUUAUACAUUCACCUUUUCUUUCCCCUUUUUAUCCUUCUCGAUGAAUGAGCAACAAACACGCCAGCAUGAAGUUGAAAUAUACAUUUGAAAAGAAGAAAGACAUCCUUUCAUUCUUUUGUUACAACAUCUACAUACUUUUUAUUAUUGGAAGAUCUUAUUUCCUGCUUUUAUUGUUUUUUUUUAAAGAAAAAGAAUUGGUGAGAAAAUGUGAACAAGAUAAUAUACUU